UUUCGUCUUUGCCACUCCUCCGGCUAGGGUUUUCAGUGCUCACAGUUCUUUGUCUCUCACUUCAUAUCGAUUAUAAGUUAUUUUUCUCAAUCUAACCAUGGAGUUAACUGGGCAAUAGUCUUCUACGGUUGUCUCUAUAACUUAACCUCUUUAGCUUUGCAUCCUUUUACAUAUCUACCCAUAAAAAAUGGCCACCGUAAACCCCUUUGAUCUUCUUGCUUAUGAUGACAACGAGGAUCCAACCCUUCUAAUCGCCGCUCUGCAGAAGGUUGCUCCCACCUUGAAGAAGGCUCCAGCUCCAGCCCCGCUCCAGCCGGCGAAGCUUCCCUCAAAGCCCCUUCCUCCUGCCGAAGCCGUAAGAGGUGCCAGAAACGAAGCUUCACGUGGUGGAGGUCGUGGAUUUGGGCGUCGUGGGGGACGUGAAGGUGGAUUCAGUAGAGAACCAGUCAACAAUGGGAACUCCUUAAGUGGCAAUAAUGUGGCUACUGGAGGAUAUAACAGACGUGCAGAAGAUGGAGAUGGUGGAAAGACCUUUGAAAGGCGUGGUGGUUAUGGAGGGCCUCGUGCAGAUAACCGUGGUGGUUAUGGUGGACGCCGUGGUGGCUUUAACGAUAAUGAUGCUCCAGAGGGUGAAAGGCCUCGACGAACUUAUGACCGCCGCAGUGGCACUGGACAUGGAAAUGAAACUAAACGUGAUGGUGGUGGCCGUGGAAAUUGGGGAACUCAAACAGAUGAAGUUGUUCAGGAGGUUCAAGAGCCUGUCAAUGAAAAUGAGAAGACUGUGGAAACUGAUAAACAAGUAGAACAGGAAGUGUCUGGGGAUGCUAAGAAAGAGAAUACUGAAAAAGAGUCGGAAGAAAAGGAGCCCGAGCCUGAGGAUAAGGAGAUGACUCUUGAAGAGUAUGAAAAGGUACUUGAAGAAAAGAGGAAGGCUUUGCAGGCAUCAAAGACUGAGGAAAGGAAGGUUCCAAUUGACAAAGAGUUUGAAUCCAUGCAGCUAUUGUCAAGCAAGAAAACUGAUGCAGAGAUUUUUGUGAAAUUGGGUUCUGAAAAGGAUAAGCGUAAAGAUGUUACUGAAAAGGAGGAAAGAGCCAAAAAAUCUGUUAGCAUAAAUGAGUUUCUGAAGCCUGCUGAAGGGGAAGCAUAUUAUGGUCGUGGUCGUGGCAGAGGAGGUCGUGGGCGUGGUGGCUCGAGACCUGGUUAUGGUGGAGGAGGGUACAAUGUGGAAACUUUUGCUGCUGCUCCUUCCAUUAAUGAGGCUAAUUUCCCAUCGCUAGGUGGAAAAUAAAUCGGUUGUUGGGUUCUCAAUUUUUUCUCCAGUCACAUUUGCAAUUUUUUCUCUUCUUUCCUAUUUGGAAUAUUAUGAUUAUAACCAUAGGAGGACUAAUAAUGGCGUCUUGUGUAUCAAAGUUAGUCAGUCUGGAGAGAAAAUUAUGUGCUCCCCCCUACUACUACCCUAAGAUUAUUUAUGUUUUAUUAUUAUGUUACUUUGGUAUAUUUUAACAAUGAUUGUUAGGUUUCACUCAAUUAUGACUUUCAAGUUUGAUCAA